GUCAACGAAUGUCAAGCGCGUCACUUCCGUAAACAGAAAUGGCGCUGUAAGAAGAAACAGGCUCCGAAGUAUCGAUCGAUAUUUGGUCUAGUAUGACUGUGCUCGCCUGUUUCAUUGCUUAACUCUCGUCCUAACAGAAUUCAGCCAGUUCCCAUAAGAUUGAAUCAUUGAUCCUUCUUCGAUGGGGGUUUACUGAGCAGCAGACGGUAUCUUUCGAUUUCUUUGAGGACAUGGAAAAGGUUUCGGUGGAUGGGAAAUACACCGUUUAAUUGUUUGCCUUUUACAAACGAACGAACCGUGGCGGUUUAUUCACCAAGAAUAUUACUUGGUUAUAGUUAGGUGUAAGGAUAAUUUAUCACAUUUGGAACUGGUGGCCCGAUGACAUCAUGGUUCCUUGAAGUGCAACGGAGGGGAAUCCCAAUGUGAAGAUUCUUUUGGAGCAGUAAGCUGAGUAGGCUUAUAAGCACACAGGUUUGUCAGUCAUGACACUAACGGAACAUUCUGUUUAGAACAAAAGACACAGCUGUUUUAUUUUAGUUUUAUUGUUUCACUGGUACAAAUGAUUUGCUAUGCAAAAAUCUUCUGAAAUUCGACAGUUCCCAAGAGAUCAUCCAGUUAAGGCCCCUUUGGCUACAUUUGACACUAUUGACUUGGGUGAUGAGCUUCCGAAGGCUGCUAUUUGUUCUUCCUUGAAAAUUCAAAGGCCUGAACAGCCACAUAGUCUAGCCACUGCUGUAAGUCAAGUUCCUUCUCACAAUAGCACACAGGCAUGUCAUCCUUGUGCACAGUCACAGUCAGAUAAGUCUAAGCAACAAGUUCAGGCAAAGGAAUCUAAUUCACUAAGAAAUGCCCUUGGUAGAGAUGGAAAUAAGAUCAAGAGUGGUGGGCAAGUAGAAAGAGAUCAGGUAUAUUCACCAGGAAGGAAUGUUCCCCCAGUGAAUUCAGAUGCAGUUUAUCGUGAUAGAGAGAAUGAAGAAGGGUUUGAAAAUUAUGUCUAUAUAAGUCAUAUUCCAUCAAGAGAUUUGAAAGAGAAAGCCAUUAUUGUUGGGACAAGGAAGCCCGUUGAAGGUCAGAGUAUUGAAGUGGGGAGGGUUCAGCCUACUUCCCAACCAGUUACCAAGAUUGAGCCUCCUUCAGUACCUAAGUUAUCACGGACAUCAUCAUUGUCAUCUUCAAGUUCUGAUUCAGAAUCGGAUGUACGUUGUGUGAGACCAGUGAAAACAAGGAGACCACUGCAGGUGAGAACAAAUAUUACCAACAGCCCUCGUUCAAGCCCUGUUACUCUCUCUCCUGAAAUAAUUGACCCAACAACAAUAACAUCACCUUCCAAAAGAAAGGCAUAUGAGAAACGCCUACAGCGGUUGCAAGUCAAAACUUCUCCAAUUGCCAGACCUAGAAGCACUACACCAAUAAAUGUGGUUACUCUCGAAGAAUAUGUUGUACUAAGUUCCCCAGAGAAAUCUCCUAAUUCACCCAGUGUUGCCGAAAAACUGAAAAUCACCUUGCCACCAGAUGAAUUUUGUGUGAAACCCAGAAGUCCUAGAAAGUGUCAGAGGGUGAAAAGUAGCUCGGAAGAAGAUUCCUGUUUUGAAUUUAAUGAGGAACUUCUAUUUAGUCACACUCGAUCUGCUUUGUUAAUUACCGAAGACGGAAAAGUACCAGACUCCCCUCGAAGAGUGUUGAUUCCACCAACUAUUUCCCCUUCCUCGUCCCCAAAACUGGCACCUGCGUCAAAACUAAAGAAAGAAUUUGACGGAGUGCCAGGGACACCUACGCUUGUUUAUAUCCAGUCCCCUGACCACGAGAACUGGGCAACAUUUCCUGAUACCAUAGACUCAAACCUUGCCGAAAGUGAUAACUGCCAAACUAACCCACUCAGAGCUGGAAACAAUAAGGACAAUUCUACAGAGAGUGAUAGCAGCAAACCUGCCCCCUAUGCAAAUAAACCUUCAGUUGAUCCUUGUGAUAUAAACAACGAAGAAGAGGAAUUCUUAACUAUUAAUAUUGAAGAUACUGGUGCCAGUGGAAAGUGUGGAAUAGACAUUGUUCUGUCUUCUAGUGGGAGCAGUAACAUACCCAGCCCCUCAACCCCCGAGAAAUCCCCCUUAGAAACCCCCCUGCCGAAUCAGAAUGGGGAGACUGUGAGCUGUUCCGAAUCUCUUCCAAUCUCUCGCACCUCCAGUGUCAAAAGCACCAAAGAGGAAGAACUAGUAGAGAAAGUGCUGUCCUCCUCUCCUAGAGAAACAUACCUGUAGACAACCAAGCCAAAAUAGCAGUAGAAAUGGUGAAUGUGGCACAGAUUGAGAUGCUCGAGAUUAGUUGCUGAAAGACGAUCAUGCUGGUUUUAUGUAGGAAAAUACAGAACUGUCGUUGGGCCAGAGUGUGGGUUGAUCCUUUUGUCUAGAGAUGUCCACUGGAUCCUGGGAUGAAUCAUCAAAUUUGGUCCCAGAUCUACCCUCGCCAAUCACAACUGAUAAAGAUGACGUCUUUGACAAAGGAGAAACAGCUUCAGCCAAAUCCAAUGUAGAAAGCCCAAAGAGUAAAGGAUCACAUUUCAAAAGCAGCAGUCCAUUUAAAAAAGCUAAAGCAUCAAAAGGUCUUGGUUUUCUCAUCCGAGCAUCUCAAGGGGCACACAAAAGGAAUAAAUCUCCAUCAAAAUCACCUUCUAAGUCCCCAUCCAAGUCACCUUCUAGAGAAAAUUUAACCAAAGAAUUAGCAGAGGAUGAAAAAGUUGAUGAAACAGUUAAAUCAAAAUCCGAACACUGGCAGGCAUUCCUGCAGAUGCAAGAUAGGAUAAAGACUAAUGUUUUGAAAACACAAACAAGUUUAGGGAAGCUAGCUUCAGGUCGUAUAUCGCCAUCUGGUCGCAUCUCUCCAUCAAAAGCUGAAAAGCGUGAUUCAAAAGAUUCUUCAUCUGUUUCAUGGACACAGUUUGAUAAUUCAGAAGCACUGUCAUCUGAAGAGCCUGAACAACAGGAUGUUGAAGAAUUGAUGUCAACGGAGUUAAACGGGAAUGAAAACGGAAAUGAUCUCUCUGCUCUCAUAGCCCAUCCAGGGAAAGACCUACCUCAUCUAAAAAUCACUCCUGUGCACUCUCCUAGUCGCUCACCCCAGCCGCCUUACAGCAGUAGACGGUCAAGCAUGGAGCAAGAAAACCUUACAGAUAUACUGGAGUUUGAGAAGCCAGUAAUAUCUGUUCCUCAUCCGCCUACUCCAGCUGAGGAAGAUCUGCUAGGCUUGUCAUUUACAGAUGACCCCAAUGCAAAUGUACAGCCUCAGAGUCAAGUCUUUGUCAAUGAAGACCUCUUGGGACUUGGAGAUUUUCUUAGUCACCCCGCCUCACCCUCAAAGGUCCAAGUGACCACUCAAGAUACUGGAAUGUCUGACUGGUUCUUGGGCUGCUCAACAAACCAAAGCAGUGCCCAGUCUUCACUCUGUUCUAGUCCCCUGUCCUUUGACCAGGACUUUCUCAAUGAGCAGGAUCAGAUGGUUCCAGAGAGCACUGCAGUGUCUGAUCUAGCUCGUAGUCUGGUGGAUGACUUCCUACAAUGGGGAGUAGAACAAGUCAGCAAAGAGCAAGAACAGACCCCUGGACCUGCAAACCCCUUCAAGUCAGAGGGAAUACUUCCACCAAAGGAUCCUGCUACCCCAAAGAAGAAGGCUGUGAGUUUUGAUCCCUUUGGAACUGUUCAUACAGAAGAAAUUGAUGGUAUUUGGGGUUCUGUUGGAAAUCGUCACAAAUCAAGUGAUAAAAAUCCGACUGAUACACUUGAUCCAUUUGCUCCGCAAAAAGAGACCACCACUAUCAGUGAUUCUCCGGAAACCAAAAUCACAAAGCCAGCAAUUUCAUUCAGUGAUGAUGCAUUUGGAGAACCAAGUUCAUUCAGUGACCAAAGUGGGUUUGGUGAUUCUGGUGCAUUUGUUGAACAGACAACCACAGCCUUUGGUGAUCAAUCUGUAGCUUUUGGUGACCAGGCAGCAGCCUUUGGUGACCAAGCAGUUGCUUUUGGCGACCAAUCUACAGCUUUUGGUGACCAAUCUACAGCUUUUGGUGUUCAAUCUACAGCUUUUGGCGACCUCUCUGCAGCAUUUGGGGAAACAAAUCCUGCAUUUACAGAUCAAAGUCAACCACAGACCACAGCUUCAUCUAAAAACCCAUUCAUGAUGGAUACAUCAAGUGAUCAAGCUUUUGAUACCCUACAGUCAAAACCUCAGGUGUCCUUCCAGCAAGAUAUGGAUUUUGAUGACGAUUUCUUUGAAAAACAUACAACAUCUGCCCCUGCUGCUGACAUCUGGGGUGAUGGAGGAUCUGUCACUCAAACUGCUAAUCCAUUUCAGGAUGAUCUCUUUACAACUGCAAGUAUUCCAGCCCAAUCAGCCAGUGAGAAGCUUGAUCAACUUGAUGCCAAACCCAAAAAUCCUUUUCUGACAGCUAGUUUUGAAAACAUUGCUGCAGAGGCAAAGAAAGCUAAUCCAUUUUUUUCGGAUGAUGCUUUUGGUGUGACAAAUACAAAUACGGAUUCUGGAACAGGUGCAGCUGACUUCCUGUUUGGGGCAGGUUCAGCACCAACAGCUCCAGCAACAACACAAAACACAGACUCUGCCGACAUAUUUGACCCUUUCAAGACUAUAAUUGAUGGUGAGCACCCAGAUGAUGUUCCUGUGGGUGGCCUUGGCCCUGUGUCCAACAACCCACAACUCAAUAACUCAACGUAUGACAAUCUUGACAAGUUUGACAAUGAUAAUGAUAAUGAGAAGGACACGUUCAUGCUUGAAAUCAAAUCUCUUGAUGCUGUCUCCAAUGUUUCAACUGGCCCCCCUCCUGCUUUGCCUCCACCACCCAAACCACCAAAGUCUCCACAGAUGCCCAUGAGAGAAAACCCUUUUGACAGAGACUCUCCUCCUGAGGAAAACUUUGCCAAGUUUCAGGUGAUGGAAGAAGAGACUCCCAAAGCAAAGGAACAGCGUGAUGUGCUUCAGAGCAUGUCAACUGAAAGCAGCACUCCUGAAGAAGAAGAUAAGUUUGGGCCCAUAGAAGAAUUCAAUGCUAAGUUUGAAAGAGAUGGCUGGAAGUUGAUGCUAAGGCAACCAACAAAGAAAAAGCUUGCUGGAAACAGAUUUUGGAAAACUGUGUUUGUUAGGCUAGCUAAACCUAAAGAAGGUGGGCUUUUGUUGAAAAUCUAUAAUGAUGAAAGUGACAAUGAACCCGUGCAGGAGCUGCCUCUUCAGCCAUGUUACUCCAUAUCUGAAACAGCACUGCAACAGUUUGAUCAGUUUGGCAAAAUCCAUACUGUCAAAAUUCAAUAUGUAUUCUACAGGGAAAGAGUUGGAAUAAGACCAGAGAGGAUUACCCCUUCAUUUGUGCGUAAACCGAAGCCAACUAUGAUACUAGAUCAUGCACCUCAAGUGUCUGAACUAUUGAAAUUUGGCAGUUUAAGUAAGGAUGAUUUGAGGACAUUUGUGUGGGAAAUUGAAGAUGCUUUCAUGAAACUAGAAGCCCAUAGAGAAAAAACCUUGUCCUAUAACAAAGAUGAGGUUCAGGCUGAGGUCUGGGAUGAAUACAGAGCUGUCAUCAACAAGGAAGGACAUGUUGAAGCCCAGAAGGCAAGAGUUAGAGUAUUCUUUCUGGCAUUUGUUACUGGCAUGCCAUCUUGUGAGCUGGGGAUGAACGACCGGAGGCGGAAGGGGCGAGAAGUUGUGGGAAGGUAUGACAUUAUUCCUGUUAAAACUGAGGAUUGGAUUAGAAUAGAGGAACCAGAGUUUCACUGUUCUGUUGACUUGGAUGAAUUUGACAGAACAAACACUCUGAAAUUUCAUCCUUUAGAUGCAUGUCAAUUUGAACUUUUACGGUUCCGAAUACGCCCUAAAGAAAACCGUGAACUACCAAUGCAAAUGAGAAUCCAACAGAUUUUGAAGGGUCACCAUUUUGAAAUUAGGUGUGACAUGUUAGUGACUGGAUACCAUGCAAACAGCAAAAAACAUGGACAGUUUCCAUGUGAGGAUAUUGAAAUCCGAUUCCCAAUCCCUGAGCCAUGGAUUUACCUGUUUCGUUAUGAGAAGCGGUUUGGAUAUGGCUCUUUCAAAGCAACAGCUCGCAAACCUGGCAAGAUCAAGGGAUUAGAACGUCUCACUAUGAUGGCUCAAGGGGCGCUCACUCCCACCAUCAUGGAGGCAUCAGUCGGCAGUGCAAAAUAUGAGCACGUGUACAAAUCAGUUGUGUGGAGGAUUAGCAGGCUGCCAGAAAGAAAUCAUGGUGCCUACAAGAGCCACUUGUUCGUGCUUCGGCUGGACCUCGGACCUCAUGAUGAGAUUCCUGAUCACUACGAGCAGUUUGCUAAUGUGGAUUUCACGAUGCCAGCAUGUACUGUGUCUAAGGCCCAGGUUCGAUCCAUCUCCGUGGCAAAUCCCAGCCCACCAGAGAAGUGGGUCCGCUACAUAGCCAAAUACGAAUACAAGGUUGAGAUUGAACAUCUUAAUGAAACCGAGUCAGAGAAGGAGAGUGAUUAGAUGUGUCAGCUGAAUGACCUGGAGAUCAACCUAGGUGCCCUUGGGACAGUGAAAUGGGAUGAAAUUUCACAUAUCUGAGCCAUUUGUAACAUUCCUUUCCCAGUGAUAUGCAGGACAUACCCACCGUACCGGCAAUGACACAUUUCCAUGUGUUAUGUUCCCUACAAAUGUAUAACGUCAAUUAUACACUACCUGGAAUAUCACUAACCCUGAUAAUUAGCAUCUGUCCUUGAGUUGUGAAAUAUAGGAUUUCAGAAUUAAUAUUGUGGUAUUCUUGUCCAAGAGGAAGUGUUAGAAAAAAACAUACCAUCAUCAAAGUCAUAGAGUUUGAUCAUUUUCUACGCAGUGAUUAACAAGGCAGUUUUUGUGCUUGAUGUCAGUGGACAAUUAGGAAGGUUUUCUUUCUACUACACCUGUUGCUUAAUGGAUUGUAUGAUAAGUGUGGACAGAGUAAUUCUUUCUUUCUGUGAUAGAUAUUUAUAAUUGAAAACUGCCUUUAGACUCACUGUAACACAAGCCUUAGUGUGUGUAGAGAUAGAUAUCAAAUUGUGCGCAUAAUUGUUUUAUAUGUAAUUUUAGAAUAUGUAUUCUGCACUUAUACAUAAAUUUGAAUCACUUCAUUGAUGUACAAAUAUGUUCAAUGACAAUAGAUAAUUAGAUCUCUCCCUGUGAGUGUUACAGUUCUCAAGUAUUGAUUUUACAGUGGACUGCUAGUUGCAGGGCCAUAAGAGUUAUCUCCCUUGAACCGUGCAGCCAUAUGCAUUAACUGCACUAAGUAUUUGCAGUUCUGGAGAACAGAUUGUAUUUGUUGAUUUUAUCUUUGAUAACGUUUUUUUUUCUUGUCAUAAACAAACAUGACUUGAAGUUAAUGUAUAAAACAUAUUAUUGUUAAUGUUUGAAUCAGUUAAGAUAAUGCCAGUUAGACAAAUGAGUAAUUUGAGGCCUUCUGUAGCGUAUGAUUUAUAGACACAGUAGACAGAAUAGCAUCGGAACCAUGGAAGUAGAGAAUGCAAGUAGAUACAACUAUCCUGUACUAUAUUGUAAAAGGUAGAUAAUGCAUUGAAUAUUUGCAUGUGUGCGUUACACACUGCGUAAGACUUUUGUUGCAAUUUUAUUAAUUAUGUGAUAUGUAGAGAAAUGGAUUUGGACAAAUUUUGUAACAACGUGUGUGUGUAUAUAUGUAGAUAAGUAUACAAGGUACUGUAGUUGAUCAAUAGAUCUUUGAUACAGUUUAAGGAUUUGUAUCAAUGCACUGGAUGACAAGCUUUGUAAUGUCAGUGUGUCAAGAAAAGUUCUGAAAAAUUGGAUGUGAAAUUGUGAGAAAGUGAAAUAGGAAUGCUGAUUUGCAUGACAAGAACAUGCAGUGUUUCCAUAACAAAUAUGGCCUGGUAUAGGUUGAAUUUGUUUUACUGUUUCCUAUAAUGAAUAAUUCAUAACAAUCAGACAAAGAAUAUAAUAAAUAUCCUUUUCAGGUUAUGAUAAUCUUACUAAAAUGUUAUCAAUUAAAAACAGGUGUCGGUUAUACCACCUUGAUUUUUAAAUACAUGUAUUUAUAUAAUGAAAUGAUGAAAUUGAUAUUGAUACAGACUCUUGAUAAGGUGUCAAUAAGGCCAAAGAAAGGCUUUGUAAGGCUUUCAAAAACUUUCAUAGAAGACAUGUGGAGGGAAUUUCCUAAUUUGAUGCAUCAGUGACAAAAAUUAUGUCUGAUGCAAUUCCCUUGCAACACUUGACUUGCAUUUGCAUGUGUUUGUGACUGGUGCCACUGGUGGGGCAGAAUAUGUUCACCUUUUCACAAAUACCUGUUAUCAUCACUAUUUGAUAGUGGUUCAUAAACACAUGCUUAUGAUAUAGGAAUUGUACGAUUGACUAAUAAUUCUUAUGAUUAUGGAAAGAGUUUCAUUGCUGUUAUUAUCAGAACUCAGGAAUUACAAUUUUCAGAACUUUUCUUAAUAUUUGAUACGUAGGAAUAGCUGACUUAGUAAUGUGGAGACUUAACCCAAUGUGAGAAGUGUAGAAUAUAAAUGUGUGAAGUAGACCAUAAUUUGUACAGACGUAUCGUGAACAAUGCACAGCUCAGUGUUUGUACCUACCUGCCUGCACAGUUCCUCUCAUUUAGAUCUGUGUCUGUGGAGAAGACCCUGGCAAGACAAGAACAAAUGAUCUGUUUUCAUUAAUGCAUUUGCAGAAAACACUAGAAAGAUGUAGUUAACUGUUUUUAUGUUGUUUGGCUUAUUCUGAUAAUGCACCUUUCUGAUCAGCUUUAAUCAAGAUGUAAUUUGGUGUCUAAUUUUCAGUCACUUUUGUUGUCAUUUUGAAAGUAUUUUUAAUGUAUACCGGUUUGUUUACUUUGUUUUUCUGACACUGGUGCAAUGAUCUGACAUCUUAGGUAAAAUGACAUUCCAUUAACAAAAUAUAUUUAAUGACUGAUGCAAUACUAUAUACUAGAUCUUACUGAUUGGAUUGAUAUAACUUUUAGCUCAAUGGUUGGUGCUUUCACUCUCUACGCAGAUCCCAGUUUGAUUAGUGUCCUCAAGGUUGUUUGGUAUUUUUGGUAUUCCCUGAUGUGAUUUUGCUGCAAAACUGCUAAAAAUGGACACUACACUCUCACAUCUACAAAACUAGAAUCAAGAAAAAGACUUUGAGAACAUACCAUAAUUUGAUCUCUUGUAUAUAAACUAAGAAUGAAGCAGCAUACACACACGUACAAUAUGUAUGUAAAUAGUACGCAAUAAUAGGGAAAAAACAAUACAACAAACAGAUCUUUAAUCUAAUCUUAAUAUAAACAAAGAUAAUUAGCUAAAUACUUACUGUUUCUUAAUCAGAACACAAUAUUGUCAAUGAAUAAAAGCUACUUAUAAAUGGCUGCUUGUGAUGACGACAUAUACAGCAAGAAUAAAUUGCAUGUUAGAAUAUAUCUCAAUCCUCUUCAGUAUUUCAUAUAUAGAGUAUUAUUUAUCAUAUAUCAAUCAAUUUGUUAUUUUUAUCCCAUGUGUAUGGUGUUAUAAUCAUUCUCAUAUUCUACUUGCUUUAUUUUGUUUAUAUCUCUGGAAUAUCCUGCUUGAAAGUGUACACGUCAUAACCAGAAAGUUAAUGAGGUAUGAAUCAGUGUAUAAGGGACAUUGCUUCAGUAAGCAAUCUCAGAACCUGUUACAUUGGCAUUUUACUAAACAGUUAAACAACCUGUAUCUUAUAAACAGGAGUAAGAGACAUGCCCAUGGCUGGUCUGUUUGUUACAUUUGAAAGAGGAUAAAUUGUCUGAAAGAUGCUGAAAAAUGAACAUUUUAUGCAGUUGGCAUUCUAACAACGUCUUUUUCAAUUUUAUUAAUAAAACCAGUGCUUUUGAUAUAUCAAAUAUGGUAGCUGAGACACAAAAAUGUCUUCAGGUUUUCCAUUGAAUAUGUUUCUAUGAAUCAAAUAUUCAUAUAUACAGGCAUAAGCAGAAUAGAAAAUGUACACAAAUUUAAAGCAAACAAAUCUUGAUGGAAUCCCAUUGUUACAGAAUACUGAUUACAGGACCGAUAUGGACAAAUAUUUAGAUGCACGUUCUCAAAGCUGUUUUAAGCUCUGAUGGUUCAUCCCUAAUGUCUAACAUCUUACAGAAUUCAAGUCUAGUCGGAUUGAUUUUAUUGGACUCUUUUACGUAUGGUAUACCAGGAUAUCAGCAUGAUCAGUACAAUCAUUGAAGUAUUUGUUGAAAUGUUUUAUUUGUGCUUAUGUUAUUCUUUUGUAAUCUUACUAGCAUCAUCUAUGGGUUUCAGGAAAAUGUAUCAAAACUAAAUUUGAAGAUAUUUUAUUGAACUCAGGGUUCUAUACUCAUCACAAGAAUUGGUCAAGACCUCAACUUAAUAAUACUUUAUCUCAAUAUACAGUGUGAUGUAUUAGCCUUCGUUUGUCUUAAGAUGAUUGUAUCCAUGGAUAUGCUUGCCAGUUGCUUCUGUUACUCCUUAUACAUGAAUCAUAUCAAUCUCAUUUUGUAUUUUUAUAAUUGUUUUGUGCUUUACCCUUGUUUUACAGAUUUGUCUUUACAAUGCAUUUACCUUGUAUGACUCUGAUCUGCUUCUGCCUGUCCCAGACACUCACACCUUACGUCAUGGCAUUAUACUUAUAUCUGUGAUACAGUAAUCCUUCUGUUGUUACUUGUUUUGGUUAGCUUGAUUUGUUUUAGACUUGUCUGUAGUGCAGAGAAGCACCUUCAGCAACCUUGUGUUUUACAUGUGGUUUGAGAGUGUAGUUCUAACCUGUUACUCAAGCUCAGCUAACACCUCUUGUUCAAUAAGAGAUUGUCGUUUGAUUUUGUGCAAUAUUAAUACAGUAUAUGAAUGUUCUGAAGAUCGGAAUGUGUACUGCAUUACAUUCAUGCAUCAUGUGGUAUUUGGUUGAGAUAGAGAACUUUUGAAACGACUUCAGGGAUGGAAAUUAGUACAAGCCCGGACCAGUUUUGUUGAAAGUAAAGGUAUCCUAAUGGCUAGAAGUUCAAACAUUGGAUAUUGCUAUAUGUUAUCACUAUUCGGGCGAGUAGGCUUUCUUGAUUAAUUUCCAUCCCAGGAUAUCAGAGUGAUAUAAGCACUGUUGGUUUAUAUCCUCCUGAUGUACUGUCACUUGUCCUCUAUUACAUCAUCAGAAAUGUACUGUUAAGUUAAUUUUAUUAUUUUACAGCAAAUUAAGAAUUAAUGGCAAUAUCAGUGUUUCUUCUUUGUUGGUUCUUUUCAUUGCUUAGAAAUAUAUGUUUUCACUUCAGCAACUGUUGUUUGAAACUUGAAAAUGCUGGCUGCAAACUUGUCUGCAGACAUGAUGCAGAUCUCCAACUGGUCUAAUUUGAACAUGAACCUGACACAUUGCAAUUGGGAGGAAGUUACAUGGAUCCUUUGUAAUCAUCCAUGUUAAGGGCUCUGUAUGAUUACAGUACUUAACCUGUCAUGGUUAGAGAAACAACAACUACUUUGUGUGGUUUUGCUUUAUGUUUAAAGCAGUGUCAAUACUACAAGCUGGAGACAUGAGAUAGAUGUAGCACAAUACACAGGUAGAGCUGUGCACACAAUGAAGAAGUGUUACCUUGUUGUGGAUGACUUCAACAGUUGUACACACGGUAGUAGUGUGUGCUCACUUUACAAGGAAUGUUGAACAAGUAGUAACAUAGUAGAAUGAUUGUUGUGGUUUUACAGAAUAAUUCAUAUACCAGUUCACUUGUGCAAUAUGUUUAAAAGGAUGGGACACCGGGUUACAUACAUGGUCAUGUUGUACACCAGAUCAUUCAGCAACAUUGUACACCAGAACAUUUAGUAACAUUGUCCACCAGAACAUUUAGUAACAAUAUGUUAGAACUUUGAGUAACAUUGUAUACCAGAACAUUCAGCAACAUUGUACACCAGAACAUUUAGAAACAAUUAAUUAGAACAUUGGGUAAUAUUGUAAACCAGAACAAUGAGUAACAUUGUAUACCAGAACAUUCAGCAACAUUGUACACCAGAACAUUUAGUAACAUUGUCCACCAGAACAUUUAGUAACAAUAUAUUAGAACAUUGAGUAACAUUGUAUACCAGAACAAUGAGUAACAUUGUAUACCAGAACAUUCAGCAACAUUGUACACCAGAACAUUUAGAAACAAUUAAUUAGAACAUUGGGUAACAUUGUAUACCAGAACAAUGAGUUACAUUGUAUACCAGAACAUUUGGUAACAAUAUAUUAGACCAUUAAGCAACAUUGUACAGCAGAACAUUGAAUAACUUUGUAUACCAGAACGUUCAGUUAUAUUGUAUACCAGAACAUUGAAAAACUUUGUAUACCAGAACAUUCAGGUACAUUGUAUGCCAGAACAUUGAAUAACUUUGUGUACCAGAACAUUCUGAUACAUGGUAUAUCAGAACAUUGUAUAUAUCUUCAAUGGUUGGUUUCCUGAUGGUACUUGUAGCAAUGAAGACUUAAAUUCUUACAUUAAGGUAUUUGGUUAAGUCUUUAAUGAAAAAGAAGUGUGCUACAUUAUAAUGAAGCAUAACAUCAUUUAAAAGUGAAAAUAUAUAACACCAGAGAAUAACUAGUCUCGAUUAUCCAGUGAAGCAGAUUUCAUUGGGCAUUACAGGCAAUUCAAAAAGGUUCAGUCAAGCUGUGUGCAAUAUUUGGCAAAUCGGCCACAUCUGCAGCCAUGUGAAAAUCAACUUGCCACAUGAAGAUGCUUAUUCUGAAUGAACCAUACCAUGUCAUCCCAUUACUGCGAUCAGGUUAGCAAUAAUUAUAAUGCAAUAGACAUUUAGCAAACUAGAAACAGAAACAAUCUGGUGUAGUCUGUUCGCAGUGAGCUGUUCAACAUGACUAUCUACUGCCCAUGGUGCCUGUCUUGUAUAACGCCAACAGUCUUAGCCUGAGCAGGCUCCUGCCUUGGGCUGCCUCAACAGACAGUGCUCACUCGGUAUUCUAGAGACUCUUGUGUCUGUAUGUCUGUACAGCCCUACACUGUAGACACUGGCAGUAGGACCACGUGAUCAUAUUGAUGGUUUAUUUAGCAUUCCCAUGACACAUCACAUUGUAGCUACUGUACAUGUAGUUGUGUAGCUCAGUAAAAUAUUCAUCAAAUUC